UGAACAACAGAAGCGCAAGGGUCCGGAGUUGCCGCUGGUUCCCGUCAAGAGGCAGCGGCAUGAGCUCAUGUUGGGAGCGGCGGGGUCGGGCCCUGGAGCGGGACAGCAGCCCCCGGCGCCGGGAGCUCUGCUGCAAGCGCCUCAGAUGAAGAAGCACGAGUCCUCUCAACUCCUCAAGCAGCGGGUUAGCCAAUCCGGCUGGCACCGUUUCAAAAUAGACCUACACACUGCUACCACUUGUGCCACCUCCAUCCCUAGCUCCUGAUCUGAGCUAUUAUCUCACCUGGCAUUGCAGUAGGGUCCUAACUGGUAUUCCUGUUUCUGCUCCUGGGCCGUCAGUCUGUUCUCAAACCAGCAGCCAGAGGACUCCUAAAGGGGCCUCCAAGAUGUUCCUCCCUUCAAGCCCCAAUCAUGCUUCUCUCAGGACAUGAAGGGGAAGUGUACUGCUGCAAGUUUCACCCCAAUGGAUCCACCUUAGCAUCUGCAGGAUUCGACCGACUGAUAUUGUUGUGGAAUGUCUAUGGUGACUGUGAUAACUAUGCAACAUUGAAGGGGCACAGUGGAGCAGUGAUGGAACUGCAUUAUAACACGGAUGGCAGUAUGCUCUUCUCAGCAUCCACAGAUAAAACUGUGGCAGUGUGGGAUAGUGAAACAGGUGAGAGGGUUAAAAGGCUGAAAGGACAUACUUCCUUUGUGAAUUCCUGUUAUCCGGCCAGGAGGGGCCCCCAGCUUGUCUGCACUGGCAGUGAUGAUGGUACAGUUAAGCUUUGGGACAUCCGGAAGAAAGCAGCCAUCCAGACAUUUCAGAAUACCUACCAGGUGUUAGCUGUGACCUUCAAUGACACAAGCGAUCAGAUUAUUUCGGGUGGAAUAGACAAUGAUAUCAAGGUCUGGGACCUGCGUCAAAACAAGCUGACCUACACCAUGAGAGGCCAUGCAGAUUCAGUGACUGGCCUGAGUUUAAGUUCUGAGGGCUCUUACCUUCUGUCCAAUGCAAUGGACAAUACAGUGCGGGUCUGGGAUGUCCGGCCAUUUGCUCCCAAAGAGAGAUGUGUCAAGAUAUUUCAAGGAAAUGUGCACAACUUUGAAAAGAAUCUUCUGAGAUGUUCUUGGUCACCUGAUGGAAGCAAGAUAGCAGCUGGCUCAGCUGACAGGUUUGUGUACGUGUGGGAUACAACAAGCAGGAGGAUUUUGUAUAAGCUUCCGGGCCACGCUGGCUCCAUCAAUGAAGUGGCUUUCCACCCUGACGAGCCCAUCAGUAAGUCUGUCCUGACUCUGGGGAAAAGGAAACUAUGGGAAUCUCCCAAAAAGAGCCCUGAGAAUACAGAGGCAAAGUUGGAUGUCUGUUUUCUGUGAAUGUCCAUGCAAACAUUCUUUAUGGGUAUCAAUAAUAGUCACCACUGUUUUAAGUGGUGAGGGUAAGAGCAAUGUUUCACUUUAUAACUUAACCCACAUUUUAUUGGCUAGCCAAUCAUUUUGUAAAUAGUGGGCCUUUAAUUUAAGGAGAAAAUGUAACUUUCUCUAGGGCUAAGCUCAUUUACAAAAUGGAAGCACCAACAUUGAUUUUUCUGUUCUAGAAUGACUGAGGAAGUCUUUUUCUUAGGGUUUUACUGACAAGAGACAUCGAGAUUUAGAGCCUGGUAAUGUAUUUCCCAUAGCACAGUCCACCCUCGUGAUUUCGAGAGGAUGUGGAUUGAAAAGCAGGCUGCAGUUUCCUGUGAAUGGUGUUUAGGAGGAGGGGGGUUUAAGCUAAAUCCAAUUGCUCUUUUAUACCAAAAUUGGCUCUUGAAAUAAGAGCCCUUGAGCACCAAGUCUCCUUGAGCCUUCAUUAUUUCCAGUUAUUCUCUAUUCUCUCA